AUGCAGCGAGACAGGGAAGAAGAGUUUGACGAGGAAUACGACGUUCCUUUGCAUCACAAACGCCCUUUCGGAGCAGGAAUUAGACGCAAAGAGAUUAAAUUCGUGCGGGCUGCCGAUCCUGAUGCUGGUCUCUCGACUGCGACAACAUCAACAGCCACUGAUCUCGGAGAUUUGUAUGCAAGCGUUGUUCUAAAUUCCAAUCCUGAGAACAAAGAGGCUAAAAAGUCAGAGGAGGAGAAACAAAUAUGUCCAGAUUGCGGACUAGAUAUUUCAUCUACGACACAGCCCCAUGAGGCAGCUCUCGCUCAUCAAGUCUCACUGCGACACUCACAGCCUCCAUCGGCACUUGAUCGCUCACGCAUGGGCGUACGGACACUCACAUCUCAAGGCUGGGAUUUGGACGCCCAUCAAGGCUUGGGAAGGGAGAAUGACGGUAUGCGAUACCCCAUCAAGGUGGCCAACAAGAAGGACAACCUUGGAAUCGGGGCAACGAUACCGAAGCCCAAAGAAAAGACAAAAGAGCAUCUAGCUUACCCUCUCAACAAGAAGGAGCUGAAGAAACAUCGCGUCGACCAAAAACGGCGGCAUGAGCAACUGCAGCGUGAAAUCUUUGGGAGGGUGGAUGUGGAAGCUUAUCUGAGAGGGAAUGGCAACGACGGAUGA